GCCAGCUGUCACCUCGAGCCCCGCCUUCCCUUCGUACCUCUAGGAGGAAGAUGAGUAACCCGCAGCCAGGAUUGCUAAAUCAUGGCAACAUUUAUGGAACGAUUAGCUUUUCUUCAGAAAGUACCGACUCUGAUGAAGGCUACUGCAGAUGAUGAAAACCCCUGUCCGGGCUAUCUUUUCCAAGAGAUUGGAAAAAUCUCCCAUGAAUCUUCAGGUUGUGGUCAGUGUUUGUUGGAGUACCUUCUGGAGAGGCUGCAGGUGGAGUCCUGCCAUGUCAAACUCAAAGUACUGAAGAUCUUUGUCCACCUUUGUGGUCAUGGUUCAAACCACUUCCUCACAGAACUUCGAAGGAACUCCACCUUCAUCCAGCAAGCGUCAGUUUAUAGCGGCCCUCCUGAUCCAAUUCAUGGCACAGCAUUGUACCAGAAAGUGAGAAAUACAGCGCAGGAAGUAGCCAAGUUGCUUUUCACAGACACAAUUUCCACCAAAAGCGGUAUCACCCCGCUCAACCUGGUCCCCCCAACAAUGGGUAUGGGCUCAGGAACUUCCCAUAGGUCAGGAAUGCAGGGCUUUGGAUACAGUCCAGGGAAGCAGGGGGCAGCAGGUAGUGACUCAUUGCUGGAUAAGAUCCAGAAAGCUGCGGAGGUAGUGGCCAGUGCUGUCCUUCCUCCAACUGAACACCAGGGCAUCCGUCUCCAUGAAAACCAUUACCGGGCUGUAGUUGCACCAUCUGUGCCCAUAGAGGUGGCUGUGCCUGCCUGUGCCUAUAACCUGCCUGCUCACAGACCAAAAGCACUGACCCGGUGGUGCCCAGGGCAGGUAGGAGGGGGCUGGGAAGAGACUGACAGUGGCAACAGCUCCUCUCACAACUCCUCUCAGGAUAUCGCUGCCAACAGCAGGGCCUCUGUGGGCAGCAAGUCAGCUGGCACUGGGAGCCAAUCGGGGGCCAGCAGAGAGAGCAGUGCGGACCUAUCAGAACGGGUGGAAGCCUUGCAGCUGGGGGACUGUGUCCAGGAGAUGGCGCUGAUCAGCAGAUUGACUGAAGGAUCCAGAGUUUUCCUGUCCAGAGAGGAGAGCCAGCGCUUCAUUAAAGAGUGCUCCAUUCUUAACUGUGAGGUCGUGCUAGAGUUGCUGUCAUGCAAGCUUCAAGAUCCCUCAAGCACUGCUAAAAUGCGGGCACUGUGUGCUGUGUCAUGCCUCCUGACCUCUGACCUCCUCUCUCUGGAGCAAAUGUUUGGAGCCACUCAACGAAGACUCCGCCAGCUGAGUGAGGGGCCUCCGGGACCUGUGGCCAACAAGGCCACCAAGAUACUGCGCCAAUUUGAGGCUCUGAUGGUUGGAUCGCCACACACUCCCAGGCAGGACACAGUGAACAGCAGCCAUCAUGCAUUGACUAAUCAGCUUCCCACAUCUACAUUCUCAGACCCUUUACUACCAAACCACUCUCCUGAUGGCUCCAGUCUCAACCAUUAUCAGCAUGAUAUCUCACACACAAGUGCCACCCCACCACAAAAUCACCCAUCAUCCCCUUCUAGCCUGGCCUGCUCGGGGGAGCCGAGGAAUGAUGAGGAUGAGGAGAAAUGUUCUCCCCUUCAGCAAGAGUUAGCACAAAAUCCAGUAGAGCCGGUCAGGACUGCUGAGGUUGAACUGGUUGCUGAAGAAUCAAAGCUGAACACAGACAGGUGCUCUUCCCCUCCCGCUGAGCCCCAGUGUGAGCAGCCCUGUUUGAGCAGACCGUCCCUCUUCAGCGGUAUGGAGCUGGUGACCAGGGGGAGGCCCCGUUGUCAAAGAGAGUCGGACACAAGAGGAAAUCCAGUCAUGCAUAACAGUAUCAGCGUCAGUGAAACCAGUGAUGACACUCCUGCAAUCUGCAGUCCAGCUGUGUCCGAUAACAGCCAACCAAUAUCAGCCUUUACAUUUCUUAACUUUUGACCAACAUUUUACAGCUGGAACUGUUAAGUGAACUAAUGAUGUCAUCCUGUAUAUCCCUUCAGAAAUCAAUUUAAUUUUAUAAACUAAGAUCAAAUCAGUGAGGUUAUAACUAUGUAUAGAUGAAUGGUUCACAUCAUGUUAGGGUUUUCUGUUCUUAUCUGUAUGAUGCCUCCGUAGAAGUUGUAUUUAAUGAGCAGACUGGGUCAGGAGACAGAAAUUUAGGACACAACCAGGGUAUGAAUAAGUGAAAUCCACAGUUUGUCUGAGAAACCCUGCCAUUGUCACAAGUGAGGCCUGAUCUUUAAGCCAUGUUGAUGUGUGCUGCUGUUGGCUGAGGUCUAAUCUCUCAAAAGUAUUUUACCAAGAAUGGCUGUCUUGAAUUACAUGUUAUUAUUGACAGUUGCUUUAUCUCAGGAUUCUGUUUAGCUAACUGAAACAACUCUUAAGCCUCUGCAGCACACCCUAAAACCUCGGAGGGGUAAAAUCCCUCAAUUUGCAAUUUGCACUACACUUGCUUUUCUUAUUGCCUCAUAAACCUACACGAGAGUUGUCUUCCAUAUUCUUUGGUACUGAGCUAUUAUGUUAUCUGAGUGUCAUUUUACAAAAUAUUUAUUAUGUCCAUCCUGUAUUGAUUAAGACAUACUUUGAGAGUGGUUUUAGAGUGCAUGUCUAUAAUUAAAACCUGUUUGGAGAUCUAAUGGAAGAAUUCAUCAUUGAGAUAUUCUGUGUGUGUAAUCAGUUAUGUGUGAUAAAACAUCUGCAACAGCAUAAUGCAAAAUAUCUACAAUUUAAUGAAUGGUUGCACAUAUAACAAAAAAAAGAUUACCUUCACUGUCUCACCAUUGUUAUUGUGAUUACAUUUUGUACUGUGGUGUUGAGGACUGUGGAAUGCAGUACAAACUACUUGCCAAGAUGGUAUUCCAACCUAGUGAUGCGUACAAUGAACGCGGCUGAUGUAUUUUGUUUCAGUGAACAUGUGCUACGCUGUUGCACACGCUGAAGGACAAUAAAACAUGCUGUCUUUUUGCUACAGCACUAAUCACUGCA